CCCGAGCUGGCCGACCUUCUUGUCUCCAACAUUUGCUGGGCCAACAACAUCCCCGUCGCAUGGAAGUUUCUUGACAAAGCCAUGGCCUUCAAGGUUGUCCCGCCUCUGCUCGUCCUCGCUCUCCUUUCCACCAGGUUUCUCUCUUCUUUCCUUUUCAGUUUUUCAAUUCGUCUGGGUCCGCUUUGGUCUCUGUUUUCAUUUGCAGUGUGUGGAUUUGCUUCAGUAAUUACCCACCACUGAUAUAGUUGGCUCCCGCAUUCUUUGGGAGCCAAGUAUUUGAUUCUUGCUCUGUUUGAUAAAGAGUAAAGAGUAAAGGCUAUUGCUUGGUGGAUGGAGGGGGAUGGAAAUGGAUGCUAUGUAUGUUAAUGAUGUUAUAUAUUCAUUAACGUGCAUGUUCUUGAUGGCCUUCUUGUUUUAGUUGGUUCUUUCUUUUCCAAAGAUGAUUCAAAGUACUUUCAUGUUUGUGGUUGAACUGUUCUUGUUUUAUGUCUUGGUCUAUCAAUGGUAUGUCCCUGUACUUUAUUUCUUGGUUCAUCUUUCAUUCUACCACCUACUCAUUUGAUUUCGUGGCACCCACCCUUUAUAUUUUUUAGGUUUGUUUAUAUUUUUAGCUUCACCAAUAUCACAUAUUGAUUUAUGUUUAUUUGAUUAUUUGGGGUUAUGGUGCUGCUGAGCUGAGUGGUGAUUGAAACUGAAUUGGUGGCCGGUGAAUCCUCUUUUGGCUUUCUUCUUUAAAUGGUUAUUCCUAGUCGAAAAUCCAGGCCCGCAGCGUAUAGGAUUUACAUGGAACUCCUUAGAAGACAUGCUUUGACACUAAAAUCUCAAACAGAUGUGCCAAAUUACCCGAAGAUCAUGAAUCUGAUAGACAAUGUUCUUCACUUCUCCCAGAUUUUUGGUCUGCUAGGAAGUGAACCUGGCAUUGUUGUGGUUGAAUAUAUCUUUUCAACUGUCUGGCAGCUGCUUGAUGCAUCAUUAGAUGAUGAAGGGUUGCUGGAGCUGGCUCCAGAAAAGAAAUCAAAAUGGAUAACAAAAUCUCAAGAUAUGGAAGUAGACAGUGACGAGAAUUAUGAUGAGAAGAGGAUUCAAUAUCAAGAAAGAUUGCAGAACAUAAAUACUUUGACAGCCAUAGAGUUGAUCGGGCAAUUUCUGCAAAAUAAAGUAACUUCCAGGAUUCUUUACUUGGCACGCCAAAACAUGUCCGCACAAUGGGUAGAUUUUGUCCAGCGAAUGCAGCUGCUUAUAGAAAAUUCAUCAGCAUUAAAGAAUUCAAAAAUUAUAACUGCAGAUGCUCUUCUGCAGCUGACAUCAGAUACUCGCAAAAUUCUGUCUCGGGAAUGCAAAGCAAGUUUUGCCCAAGAUUUCCACGAGAUUAUGGCAUCUGGAUCCCUAGUUUCUUCUUCUGGUCUUUGUCAUGGAGUUAGUCGUUCUGCACUUUGGCUUCCUCUUGAUCUGGCGCUAGAAGAUGCAAUGGAUGGUUCACAGGUUAAUGCGACAAGUGCAGUUGAAAUAAUAACUGGUCUGCUCAAGGCUCUUAAAUCAUUUAAUGGAACCACUUGGCAUGAAAGCUUUUUAGGUCUUUGGAUGGCAGCUCUUCGUUUCGUUCAGAGGGAGAGAGAUCCAAUUGAGGGCCCUGUACCUCGGCUAGAUACUCGCUUGUGCAUGCUGUUGACAAUCACAACUCUUGUGGUUGCUGAUCUAAUUGAGGAAGAGGAGAGUAUGCAAACUGAUGCCAUCGAAAACAUAGACAACAGUCAGUGUGAAGGAAGGCAGGUUCUUGGAAAGCGUCGUGUGGAUUUGAUAUCCAGCUUACAGAGUCUGGGCAACUAUAAGAGCUUGCUGACUCCACCUCCAGCAGUUAUUUCUGCUGCCAACCAGGCUGCUCUGAAAGCAAUGAUGUUUGUUUCAGGAAUCAAUAUUAGCAGUGCAUAUUUUGACUGCAUUAGCAUGAAAGACAUGCCCAUGAACUGUUCUGGGAACAUGCAUCAUUUGAUAGUAGAGAGUUGUAUAGCCAGAAACCUGCUAGACACGUCAGCAUAUUUCUGGCCUGGCUAUGUGAAUGGGCUCAUCAAUCAAAUCCCUCAGACUUUACCUGUUCAAGUGUCCAGUUGGUCAUCCUUCAUGAAGGGAACCCCACUUACUUCAACUCUGAUAAAUGCCUUAGUCUCAGUUCCUGCUUCAAGCUUAGCAGAGCUCGAAAAAGUAUUUGAGAUUGCGGUCAAAGGAUCAGAUGAUGACAAGAUUGCUGCUGCCACUAUUCUCUGUGGGGCCUCUCUGGUACGGGGUUGGAGGAUACAGGAUCACGCUGUCCAUUUUAUAACUAGAUUACUCUCUCCACCAGUUCCUGCUGAUUAUUCUGGGAAUGAGAGCCAUUUGAUAGGCUAUGCUCCAAUGCUCAAUAUCCUCCUCGUUGGUAUAGCACCGGUUGACUGUGUUCAGAUAUUCUCACUACAUGGCUUGGUUCCACAACUUGCAGCUUCAUUGAUGGCAAUCUGUGAGGUAUUUGGCUCAUGUGUGCCUAAUGUCUCAUGGACUCUUCCAGCAGGAGAAGAGAUUUCUGCUCAUGCUGUGUUUUCGAAUGCAUUUGCACUUCUUCUAAAGCUAUGGCAGUUUAACCAUCCGCCUCUUGAGUAUGCAGUGGGUGAUGUACCCCCAGUAGGUUCCUUACUAACUCCCGAAUACCUUCUACUGGUAAGAAAUUCCCACCUAGUUUCUUCUGGAAACAUCCACAGCAAUCAAUAUAGGAGGAGACUCUCAGCUGUUGCAAGUUCAUCCUCUCCAAAGCCUAUAUUUGUGGACUCAUUUCCAAAGCUAAGAGUAUGGUAUCGACAACAUCAAGCUUGUAUAGCUUCCCCGCUCUCUGGUCUUGUUCAUGGAACUGUUCAUCAGAUUGUUGAUGGGCUUCUUAGCAUGAUGUUCAGAAAGAUUAACAGAGCCAGCCCGUCUCUGAAUUCUAUAACAUCAGGAAGUAGUAGCUCAUCUGGGCCUGGCAUUGAAGAUGCGUCUGUGAGGCCUAAAUUACCAGCGUGGGAUGUCCUUGAAGCUGUUCCUUUCGUGGUUGAUGCUGCUCUAACAUCAUGCGCCCAUGGAAGACUGUCUCCUCGUGAACUAUGUACAGGGCUUAAAGAUUUGGCUGAUUUUCUCCCGGCAUCUCUGGCAACCAUCGUAAGUUAUUUCUCUGCAGAAGUUACUCGAGGCGUCUGGAAACCAGUUCUUAUGAAUGGAACGGAUUGGCCGAGCCCUGCUGCAAACCUGUCUACUGUUGAGGAACAGAUCAAGAAAAUCCUAGCUGCCACUGGCGUAGAUGUUCCAAGCCUUGUUGCAGGAAGAAGCUGUCCAGCCACACUUCCACUGCCUUUGGCAGCCUUUGUAAGCCUUACUAUAACCUAUAAGCUUGACAAAGUGUCGCAGCGUUUUCUUGAUCUGGCCGGCCCAGCCUUGGAGUCUCUUGCUGCAGGUUGUCCUUGGCCAUGCAUGCCAAUCGUGGCUUCCUUGUGGACCCAAAAGGUGAAGCGCUGGAAGGAUUUCCUUGAAUUUUCUGCCUCUCGCACCAUAUUCCAGCACAACAACGAUUCAGUGGUUCAGCUUAUCAAGAGCUGCUUUGCUGCGACACUCGGCCUGAACGUGAGUCCUUUAUCAAGCAAUGGGGGUGUUGGGGCACUUCUUGGCCAUGGAUUUGGCUCCCAUUUCUAUGGCGGGAUAUCUCCUGUUGCGCCAGGGAUAUUGUAUCUUCGAGUUUACAGAUCCAUCAGGGACAUAAUGUUCUUAAGGGAAGAGAUCAUUUCUAUCUUGAUGCGAUCUGUGAGAGAUAUAGCACGCAGUGCACUGCCGAGGGAGAGAUUGGAAAAGGCCAAGAAAGCUAAAAAUUCAAUGGGAUCUGGACAACUUUCACUUGCUACAGCAAUGACUCGGGUGAAGCUUGCUGCUUCACUCGGGGCAUCUUUGAUAUGGUUAUCCGGUGGCUUGGCACUUGUUCAGUCACUGAUAAAAGAAACACUGCCUUCUUGGUUUAUAUCUGUUCACAGGUCUGAGCAGGAAGAAGGUUCAGGUGGGGCCGUCGCAAUGCUCGAGGGCUAUGCGCUAGCAUACUUCGCUGUGCUCUGUGGAACUUUUGCCUGGGGUGUGGACUCAUCCUCUUCAUCAUCCAAGUGGCGCCCAAUAAUCCUUGGGUUCCAUAUGGAAUUUCUUGCUAGUGCACUUGACGGGAAGAUUUCACUCGGCUGUAGCUGGGCCACUUGGCGCGCCUAUCUGUCCGGUUUUCUAAGCCUAAUGGUAGCUUGCACACCUACUUGGGUAUUGGAAGUCGACGUCCAAGUGCUAAAGAGGCUGAGUAAUGGGCUGAGGCAAUGGGACGAGGAGGAGCUAGCAAUUGCUUUGCUGGGGGUUGGUGGGGUCGGUACAAUGGGUGUAGCAGCUGGACUGAUCAUUGAAACUGAGAUAUAGUUAAUAGUUCCUUACCUUUUUGGCUGUUUUAUUGUCCAAAAUUUUGUAGGCUUUUGCUUCUAACUUGUAGGAUAUAGAGCUGUAUAUUAGCUUUUGAUGUAGAUGAAUGAAAGGUAGAAUUUUCAUUCAAAAUGAAA